AUGCUGGGCAAAGGCCAGAAGCGCAAGCGGAGCGAAGAGGAGGCGGGGCCCGUCCUGGCCCCACCCUCCAGCGCCCUCUUCAGCAUCUCGGUCUCCAAGCUGCACCAGAGCCUGCAGCGGGGGGAGCCCGACCUUCGGCACCUGGUGCUGGUGGCCAACACGCUCCGGCGCAUCCAGGUCGAGAUGGAGCCGGCCUCGGUCUCCGGGCCGCAGCCAGCCCCGGGCGGGGGGGCCUGGCCGGACGACAGCGACUCUCUGCCCGGCCCCCUCCAAGGUCCCUGCGGGAGGACUCCCAUGCUGCCGCCCUCUCUCGCCCCCGUGGACCAGCCCCUGCUCUCCAGCAUGGAUGCCUCUAUCUUCUCCAUCCUGCAGGACCUGACCAGCGUUGAGGGCUUCAGCGACCCCCUGUGCCCGUCCGUGGCCCAGCCUGCAGUCAGGCUGAGUACAGAGCCCGGGCGGACUGCCCAGCCAUGCCUGGGCCCUCUGGAGCUCCUGGGCCCUGGGGGGGCCCUGCUGGAGGAAGGCCUGGACGGUCUCUUCGAGGACAUUGACACCUCCAUGUAUGAUUGUGAUCCGUGGCCCUCCAGCAAGGAGGCCUGCUCCGGCACCGAGGCGGGCAGGCAGGACUGUGCGGACUUGGACUACCUCCUGGACGUGCUUAUGGGAGCAGAGGACUUGUGA